AUGCCUAGAUUUGCCCAGCUGGUGAUAGGGCCAGCUGGUUGUGGGAAAUCAACUUAUUGUAGCACAAUGCAAGCCCAUUGUGAAACGUUGAGGAGGAAAGUUGAUGUGGUCAAUUUGGACCCUGCAGCGGAGUUUUUCGAAUAUACUCCACUAGCGGAUAUAAGGGACCUUAUUCAUUUAGAUGAUGUAAUGGAAGAUGAGGCUAUACGUUUAGGUCCAAAUGGCGGACUCAUUUUCUGCUUAGAAUAUCUUCAACAAAAUUUGAAUUGGUUAGAUACAGCACUUGGUGAUAUAGAUGGAGACUAUUUAUUAUUUGAUUGUCCUGGUCAAAUCGAGUUAUACUCACACUUACCGAUUAUGCCACGAAUAAUUGAAUAUAUGCAAAGAAAAUGGGAUUUUCGUUUCGUUACAAUAUUUAUUUUGGAUGCUAGAUUCCUUGUAGAUUCAUCACAUUUUCUAGCUGGUGUAUUGUCUGCUCUCUCUGCUAUGGUAUCCUUAUCAACUGCUCAUAUAAACGUAAUGUCGAAACUUGAUUUGUUAUCUGAACAAAAACAAAAAUAUGUCAUGGCUCGUUAUCUAAAUCCUGAUAUGGAUUACUUUUUUGAUCUGGAUCAAGUAUUCGAUGAGGAAGAUGGUGAGGAACAUCAUGAACAGGAGGCACCAUUUAACAAACUUACUCAUGCACUAGCUGAUUUAAUUGAGCGUUACAGUGUAGUUCAUUUUGUCCCAUUAAACAGGGAUAAAGAAGAUACUAUAACAGACUUACUAGUUCAAAUCGAUCAAUGUUUACAGUAUGAUGAAGAAGUCGAUCCUUCGAAUCGAGCUUUUGAUGAUGCUGAACAAGAGUUAAUUAUUGAAAUAAACUAUGAAGUAUUCCUAAUCCUGACCGGUUCCCUCUCAUUAUGGUUACUUGAAAUAUUAUGCAAAUCAGUCAACUCAGGUUCUCAUAUACAUUUGUUUUUGGAAACCCUUACCCAUGGAUUAACUGGCUCAAUGUUUUGGCUAUGCUGUUUGAUUAGUAUAAAUGGUAAACUGGAUUUAUAUACCACAGGUUACCGAAGAAAUAUAAUUAUGACUCUUGAGUCAUGUUUUGGGGCAGCAUUCGGUGCAAUACUACCGGAUAUUGAUCAUUUUAUAGCUUCAAGAAGUACAAGCAUUGAACUUGCUCGUCAACUUCCUGGUAGACCAUUUUUACACUGGGCAGGUCUAUAUCUACUUAUUUAUACUCUUUUAAUCGUUGGUUUAUUUUUCAUAUCUUAUCCUAUUUGUUUAAAACUAAAUAGAUUUUUAGCUAUAUUUUGGUGUUUCAUAUUUAUUCCUUUUGUAAGUCAUAUUAUACGUGAUGCAAAUAGACGAGGUUUAUGGUUAUGGCCUCCACCAGACUUACACACAUGGAUGAAUCUAUCUCAUUUUUCAUAUCAUAUAAUAAUUCCUAGUAACUCGGGAAUGUUUAAUUUAAUCAAAACACUUUUAUUUUACUUAGUUGUUUUAAUUUUUAUUAUUUUAGUAUUCCGUCGUUAUGCAUAUUCUUUUCAUUGGGAUCUAUCUAAUUUUGCACCGAUAACCUCUUAUUUUAUUACUAAAAGCAAAAGCAAUGAAUUUUAUGUAGAACAAACAUUUGUUCACUCAUUCUAUUGGUUGAAUUCAAGGAGUCUUCCAUAUUGUUUAACGAAUCAAGUAGUAUUUUGUUUAAUCAUUAGUAUUCGUUCAAAUGAUGGGAGCUCUCAAAGAUGGAUUGCACGUCAACGUUCCGAUCCUUAUGUAAAACGUGCUCAUCUUGAAAGUUAUAGAUGUCGUAGCGCAUUCAAAUUAUUACAAUUAAAUGAUAAAAUUUCCGGUGGAAUUUUUAAACCUGGUGAUAUUGUUGUGGAUUGUGGUGCUGCACCAGGAUCAUGGUGUCAAGUAGCUUCAUCUUUAAUCAAUUGUAAUAAUAAUAAUAAUAAUAAUCUCAAAGCCUCAAAUAAUCAAAAUAAAGGUUUAGUAAUUGCUUUUGAUUUAUUAAACUUUGCACCAUUACCUGGUGUUAUUACACAUUGUGGUGUUGAUUUAAAUAAUUGGUCUGAAUGUAUAAAUUUAAUUAAUCAAUCAAUUUCCAGUCAUUUCAACAAUAAUAAUAAUAACGACGGUAAACCGUUACAACCCGAGAAACAGAAAUCACUUCCACGUGUUGAUGUUGUUCUCAGUGACAUAGCUCCAAAUGUGGCAGGAAUGCGUGAAAUCGAUAUACCAGCUAUGAUGAAAUUAGCGUAUAAUAUUUUACGAGUAGCAAUCAGUGUUUCAAAAGAAGGGGCCACUUUUGUGAUUAAAUUAUUCCAAAGUCAGGAAGCUGAAGAAUUUAAACAAACCGUUUCACAAUUUUAUACGUUAAAUUCGAAGUGUUCUUCAUUUACGCGUUUUAUUAAACCGGAAGCUAGUCGGAAAGAGUCAUCAGAAAUCUAUUUAGUUGCUAGAGGUUUUCAACUUCCUCAAAGUAAACAGGACAGUUAAGUCCUUAUUUUCCAUCAUAUAUCCAUAUUUACCAUUUUAACAUUGUACAUUUGAAAUAAAGUAAAUAACCGCCUUUAUUUCAUACAGCUUUAUCAUUGGAUAGGUCUAAAAAGAGUGUAAAUACCAAGAUUUGCCGAAUAAAAUAAAUUCUUUCUAUUCCAAAACUUUUCAUUAACCAUAAAUAGCUUAAAAUUACAUAAACUAACGUUUGAUAGCCUUUAGCUAUUGAUAUUGAGCUGAAUACCAAAAACGGAAACAAGAAUUUACAUAGGACACAAAUAUGUGAUCAAGUAUACUUAGAAUGGGACACAUAUUUAUGUGACGAAUGAAUUAGUGAUAUAAAGUAGAGGUGAGAUCAUAACUAUUAAUAAUUACGAGUGAUGUACCUCCAUCUCAUUUCUGACAACUGAACCCAAGAAACCAUUCAUAUCUUUUGGCGUAAGUCUAAUUGGCCCAAUCUGAACGCGAUUGGCUAAGAAUUGGUUUCAUUUUCUAAGGAAUGACACGAUAUCGGUUGGAGAUUUGGCUUUGUUUUUUAUGGGAAAAUGAUAUACAGUUGGGAAUGAGUGUAUAUAGCUUUUCGGUUCAUUUGUAGUCAAUAAAUUCAGGUAGCUGGUCUAGGCUUGUGAAUAGGUUUUGUUACCAGUAUCGAACGUGAACGAUCGCACAACGCAUAAUCUUAGUGAAAGUAUUGAGCGAUUAGAGAAUCAAUCAACAUAACUAGAACAAAAAUCAAAUUAAUACGUUAGCACUAAGAUUAUGUAAGAGUUAACAAUGGUGUAGUCACAAUCACCAUAGCACUAGCUGGUUUAUCACAAUGUUCUUCCGUAUAAAUUACCUAGGCUAUAAAGAUUCGAUAGCAGUUGACCUUAAAAAACGAAGUAAAAUUAGCGUUAGUUGUUAGCUUAUUAUCCUGAAUAUUCUAAAGAUAUCGAGAGCCUAGCGAUUAAACUUUUAAAUCACUUACGGCAUUUCGGGCAUACUUUUUUAAGAACAUGUUGAUACACAUAUUAAUUUGUUUCCGGUUGCAAAUAUGUUGACUUAGCCCUGAAUAUAAUGAAUUCCUUUUGUUUUUGUAUAGAAAACAAAGUCUUAAAGCUAGUCACAUUUUUGACUGGAUUAUUGAUAGAGCUGAUAAUAGGCGAUUAAAU